AUGCCUCCUAAUCAUCCUAAAUCCUCUGUCCUGCUCCAUCGGAUUAACACCGCAACAUCCUCCACCACCACCACCGCAGCAGCCUGCCAGAAGCGGUGGUCCCCUUUAUCAUGCGCCACCCCUGUCCCAGAAACCAUCGCACGUUAUCACACCCGUUUAGUAGGCCCCAAUCAGUGCUGCUCUACCGCGGUACAGCAGAUCGGUGCCCCCGUCUCUACUGUAUGGUCCGUCGUCCGAAGAUUCGAUAAACCUCAAGCUUACAAGCACUUCGUCAAGAGCUGUGACGUUAUCGAUGGAGACGGCGAUGUGGGCACCCUCCGAGAGGUUCAUGUCGUCUCCGGACUCCCUGCAGCUAACAGCAGGGAGCGUCUCGAGAUCCUGGACGACGAGCGUCAUAUUAUCAGCUUCAGCGUUGUUGGUGGAGAACACCGGCUGGAGAAUUACAAGUCUGUCACCACCCUCCACCCGUCUCCUGCAGAAAACGGCACCGUAGUAGUGGAGUCUUACGUGGUGGAUAUUCCUCCCGGCAACACUGAGGAGGAUACGUGUGUGUUUGUGAACACCAUCGUUCGGUGCAACCUGAAGUCACUGAAACAGAUCGCCGAAAACUUGUCCGGACGCAAUAAAUCAUCCUCGUGAGUCUUACAAGUGUAGAUGAUCACUUAAAAAUAUCAAAAAUUAGAUGGCUUUGUUGAUACACCGUCG